CCACAUCAACACAUCCUGACACCUCUAUGGUCACUUGUGAGCUUCCCUCAUCCACUGUCACAUUUGCCUCGGAUCCGUCUCCGAAUUGCUCAAACAUGCCAACUAGCGCGCAACCCACAGUGUGGAUUGGAUGCUACAAUGGGGACGUGUUUGUUCAUUCAGCCGUGACACACUGGCGGCGUUCUAUGCAUGCUGUUCAUCUUCCCGAUGCUGUCACUCAGAUUU